GUGUUCCGCAGAAUACUGCAGCGACCCGGUCACGUGCCGGGAGAACUGGAGGACGGGGAGAGACGAGGGAAAAAGGGGGAGGAGCUCUGCCUAGUGUGCAUGGUCGCAAGCCUCAGAGACUGUCAGUGGUGGACAGUUCAGAUGUCCACGUAUCAGUCAAGACUGCAGCCAAGUACCAUGAUGAUCGUCUCUCCCUUCUCUUGCUCACGUGGUUUCAGACCCUUCAGCCUCAGCAGGUGAGACUGACACUCCAUUAUCACAUCACUGCUGGUUUAUAGCUAUAGCUGUGACUAUAGCUGGAUCCGUCUACUACUAGGUUCAUAUUGUCACUGAUGAUGGAGCCAUGGAUUACUGGACAUCCACUGCUGAAGAAUUCGGUACAUACGGUGCAUACGUUCAGGUUUUGCAUUUCACUUUUCAUGUCUUUAGUAGCUUGAGAAACUGUGUCAUACUUUUAUCUUCAGGUUUCAAGGUUGCGACAGCCGACGGCUGCUCAGUUGGUCAUUGCAGGGAAUGUCUGUGUUGUAAGUCUGGCGUGGAAUAUGAGCAGUUUUACAGAGAGAGAGACCGCAGAUCACACUUCAAAUGGUUCUGCCAUGUUGAUGAUGAUGUAUAUGUCAAUAUACACCAGUUGGUCAUCCUCCUUCACAAGUAUGAUCCACUGACAGAGAAGGUUUAUCUUGGGAGAUGGUCUCUUGCUCGGACUUCAAAACUACAAAUGAGGAGAAACAUCCCAAAUCUGAAGUCAAAUGAGUUUGCAUUUGGGACUGGAGCUCUCUACUGCAUCAGCAGUUGUCUUAUGACAGAACUCGAGCCAUACUUCAGAGGCUCACAGAGGUUUGUGUCUAUGUGUAAACUACUGCAGUAUACAGAUGACAUGACAGUUGGAGCCACAAUAGAGUCAAUUUUGGGGUAUAAUUUUACUGAUGUUGAUCUUAUUUUUUCUGAACUUCACGCAAUCAGUCACAUUCCGGCCUCCAAGCUACCAUCCCUCAUAUCCAUCAGCUAUGGAAAGAACACUCUACCUGGAGGUGGAGAAAUAAAGAGACACGUCUCAAUACCGCAGCCUCAAUUCACCCUAGACGAAGACCCCACCAGGUUCCUCUCCUUCCACUGCCUCCUGUACUCCAGUACAUCGUGGUGUAGGUAGCAUUGGCUCACUAGCUCAGACUAUACACUUCUCCCAUCACUACCUAUUGCCGGACCUUGUCAACAAGUAACCACUGUCACAUUUUGGGUUAAAAAAACAUUUCCUGCAAUGACAACUGUGACAUGAACAACUCCAGACACAAAAAAACACGGUGACUAUAAAAUUAAUAAUGAUCUUGUUAAUAAAAAAUAUGUGCAAUGAAGAGUGGAUGUUUGGAUGGUGAAUGAUAUGGUGUUAAUGAGGGGGUGUGGUUACACGCUAGUCUCACUCUUGCUCUCGGACGACCCCUCGACCCCGGAGUCUUCGUAUGUCUGCAGCUGUAUCGUGAUCCCUGCCUCCGUCUUGAUUCCCUUCAGGAGUUGACUGACCAGUUCUGGCGACUCUGUGCUGCUCCGGUCUCCUCCGAACAUGGCCUCUCCCUCUCUCGGAGGACACGCAGAGCUGAGGGCCAGGUAGCCAGCAGUCACCUCCAUGAUGUGGUCCACCUCUGUCACUAUGGACUCAAACGACGGUCUCUUUGUCGGGUCCAAGUUCCAGCAGUCCCGCAUCAGUUUAAAG